GAAUGGCAGGAUCAGGGUCAUAGGAGAGGAAACAGAAUUUUCUAACUCUUCACUAUUGUGUUGUUGUCUAUAAAACAUGAAAACCAUGGCUUAUGUUUAAUGUGGGUCUUACAUUUUUAUUUGGAGUCACAAAAAUACUAGAAGGAAAAGGAAUGGAUGAAAUAGAGGAUUCCAAUUCAAAGGGAACACUGGAAAAGAAUACUGAUGAGCUAGACGGAAGUGGGAUUAGCUUCGGGAAAAGGAAGGGAGUGAGAGUAAGUGGGAAGUACUUGUCUCCCAUGGACUGGGAGAGAGGGGCAUCCUCUCCAGCCUCCGAGCUGCCCUCUGCACGCAGGCAGCAGCCAACAGCGCCCCCUGGAGCCCUGGCUCCUCCCCUGCAGGAGGCCAGCUUUCAGGACGAAGGCAGAGCUGGGGCUGUGCGAGCAGAUUGCAAGCUCAGUGACGACUGGAGAGGGGAAGAGGGGAGAACUGGGACCCCCUGUUCGGAUCCAGGAAUUUCUAAGCAAACCUUAGAAGAACUGAAAAAUCUCUUGAGGGAGAGUUCUCUGCUGAGCGCCCGAGGCAAGGAAAUUGGCAAGCAGGGCAGUGCUUAUUCUUACUUAUGUGCAAUAAAGCCCGGAGGCAGGCUGAAAGAAGGCCCGGUCAGGCCUUUCACCACUUUCAAGCCCCACUCGGAGGGAUCCCAGAGGACGCCCAAGCCAGCGGAGGGUCUUCCCCAGCCUAAAUCUAACCAUGAUACGCCUGACUCCAGCAGGCCUGAAGCUAGCAGCUCAAAGCCAGUCGACUCCAGGCAUCCAGCAAAUAACUCUGGAAUGAAAACAGACAACAGUGUUGGGAAUAUGACUGAAACUGAUAACAUAAAGGAUCCAAACAUGGAGACGAACGGAUAUCAAAGUGCUUUGCACUUCACUGCAGGCAUUGAGCACAUCAAACAGCAGAUUGCAAGAGAGGAAAUUAGCUUCGUCCGUUUCGAAGCCACGGACCUGCACGGUGUCUCACGGUCCAAGACUGUCCCGGCUCGGUUCUUCCAGGAAAAAGCUAUAUAUGGUGUUUCAAUGCCAAGGAGCUAUCUGGAACUGACCCUGAGCCCUAAAGACAAUGAAGUGGACCACAUCAGUGCUGCCAGCUUCAACGGGGAUGUGCUCCUCAUCCCUGAUCUUCCUACCUUUCGCAUCCUUCCCUGGUCAGAGAGAACAGCCCGAGUGAUCUGCGACUCAUGUGCUCUCAAUGGCAAUCCACUGAGCACGUCCCCGCGACACGUAGCAAAACAGCUUCUAAACCAGCUGAGAGCCAUGGGGCUAUCCUUGCAUUCGUCUUUCACUUACGAGUGUUGCAUUUUUGGCUUCCCCGAGAAAAUAAAUUCAAAAACUCUGUUCUUCCCAGCCGCAACCUUGCUGAGCAACCAUGACCUCCCGUUCUUUCAGCAGCUCAUCGACGGCAUGUACUUCAUGGGAGCCGAUGUUGAGAGCUUCGCUUCUGCCAGUGGGCCUGGACAAAUGGAGAUCUCCUUUCAGCCGGAGUUUGGGAUCAGUGCCGCUGACAGUGCGUUUACUUUCAGAACUGGCAUCAAAGAGAUGGCCAAACGGCAUGGCUUUAUUGCAAGCUUCUUCACAAAUGAUGGGUUCUACAACUCGGGCAUCUUCUCCCACAGUCUCUGGGAUGUCAACGGCAAGAGGAAUCUCUUGCAGGCUGGUGGUGCCGAACUGUCGGAAAUCGGCAAGAAGUGGUUAGCUGGGCUGCUGUAUCAUUCGGCGGCUCUGAGCUGCCUGAUGGCCCCGGGCAUCAGUUGUCGCCAUCAGAUUUCUAAGGAUGCCAAGGACCCCAAGCAGGCGGUGUACGUGACAUGGGGAUGCAAUGACAACAGCUGUGCCUUCAAUGUGAAAUGCCACGGUGGAAAAGGCACACGUGUAGAUAACAAGCUGGGCUCAGCCACUGCGAACCCCUACCUUGUGCUUGCUGGGACCGUGGCGGCAGGCUUAGACGGAAUCAGGCGGAAUCUCGCCGUCGACAGCGGCCCCAACGGAGCUCCGGCUCAACAGCCGCCGAAGCGCUUUGCUGUUCCCUUGAAGCUGGAAGACGCCUUGGCUGCCCUCGAGGAAGACCACAUCAUCAGAGGAGCCCUAGGCGAUGUCUUUGUUCAAUAUUUCAUAGCUAUGAAGCGGUAUGAGAUAGAAACAAAAGAACUAGACGCCGAGAGAAAUAAAUACUUAGAAUACUUCAUUUAGGACUCACACCGAGCACCGGUGAGCAGCAAGAUCCACAAUUCAAGCCUGCUGCAUCAACCAGCCCCAGUCGUGAGUUAAGAAGAGCUGAUCUCUCGAAACAAGUUGCCCAUUUCAGAGAUGACAAAGCUGGGAUUUCUUCUUAUUACAUGCAAAUUAAGUUACUGAAAAAGUGCAUGAGAACAAUAUUUAUUUAAAUUUAUAAUACUAUUAUUUACUUUUAUAGAUGGCUUCAUAAUCAUUUCACCUUAUAAUGUUUGUUUUUUUAAAUAAGGCUCACACUUGAUUUCCAUUUUUAUGUGCUCUCUAACAAUAAAUUUCAGAUCUCACUUAUGGAUUGCUAGUUGUAUUUGUAUUGAGACCAAGAGCUGGAUAUUUACUCAUGUCACGUCACUGUUCUUCUGUGAUUUCUUUUCCCUCUCAGUAUCGAUUUAUAGUACUGCAUGACAUUCAGAUUGAAUU